AUGGGAAUAAAUCUAGUUUCAUCAUAUGAAAUCAUUCUCAGAGUUUUUCUUCUAUCUGAAUAUUCUCGACUUUUUCGUAUUGAUUCAUCUUCUUUAUUAAAUACAAAUGCUCAAAAUGAUGAAUGGAAUCUAUUAAAACGUAUUUUUUCAUAUCCAUCAUCAUCAUUUCCAACUAAAAUUAAAUUAGCAGAAUAUUUAGCUAAACAAUUAAGAAUAUCAAAUCAACAACUAGUUGAAUUAAUCGUUGAUCAAACUGAUAAAACUUUAGAACGUUGUCAGAAAAAUGAUCCAACUGAUGAUUAUCAUCAUUGGCCAUUUGAUCCAAAUAAUAUUGAAUCAUAUCGACAAUUUAUUUCACUAUUAUAUGAAAAAAACUAUGAUGCUAUUGGAAAACAACUUGUUGAAAAAUCACAAUUGUAUGAAGAUCAAUUUCUUGAAUUAGAUUCACAAGAUGUUUCAUCACCAUUACUUCGUCUUCGUAUUGAACUACUAAUUUAUGCUCAUACAUGUUUUAUUAAUUCAUGUCAUAUGGAAGGAAUAUGUUUAGUACUUGAUCAUGCUCGUCAUAUAG